AUGGCACCCAAACACCUUAUCACUGUGGCUCUUGCGGUCGCCCUGGCUGUUCAUGCGGACCCUGACACCCCUAAGUGCGAAAAUGGAGCAGUGCACUUUGAGGGGCACGCGACCUUUGAGGAUAACCAGAAACCCAUGCAGCUUUCAAAGGAAGCUGUGCUGACCAUCGAUGUUGAGGAAGCCUCUUCCUCGUCAACCAAGGCCCCCGUGUACAGUCACAAGGUUUCCCUGGAUAACUACUCCAUUAACAGUGACAUUACGUACAACUUCUGCGCUGAUCUGCAAGGACUGGAAUCGAAGAAGGCUUCCCUCAAGGCCCAUAUCGUCGACCCAGCUGAGGGCAACAAGGUGGAAUACAUUGGGGAGACAGUGGUUACCACUGGCAGCGACUCUUAUGAGGCUGACCUCACUCUGGCGAAGGUUGAGCAGGGCCCAGCCGGCGAACCCUCUGUGGCUGACUGCAACUUUGGGCCGAUGUCUGACGAGGUUACUGGCAUUGCAGUGAAGGCCUUUGUGAAAAUGACCUCCCCAAAGCCCCUACCCAAGCCUACCUACCUAGCGGUGACUCUGCAAGAAAUCAACCCCGAAACGGGAGAGCCUGAGGUCAUUUCUCUAUUUGCUGGAGACAUUAGCACUAUCUACGAGCCCGGUAAACCCGUGCCCGCCUUCCUUUGCGCCAAGGUGCCAACCGCACCGGAUUCUGCAAAAUACACUUUGGAUGCCACUGUGCACCUCGGCUGGGAUGGCUUUGCCAAACUUGAAGAUGAGGAGAGAACCCCCAGGAAGGGCGAUCUCGUGGCCAAAAAAGGGACGACGCUUGAAAUCACUCCAGAGAAGCAUGAUUACAGUGUCGAUAUAUCUGUAAAACCUUAUGACCCGACGGCAUAA